AUGAAAGGCUUCCAUGCUUUCUGUGUUGUCCUUUUGAUAUUUGGGAGUGUCUCUGAAGCCAAGUUUGAUGAUUUUGAGGAUGAAGAAGACAUCGUAGAGUAUGAUGAUAAUGACUUUGCUGAAUUUGAGGAUGUUGCAGAAGAUUCUGUCACUGAAUCUCCUCAACGGGUGAUCACCACUGAAGAUGAUGAAGAUGAGACUACUGUGGAGUUGGAAGGGCAGGAUGAAAGCCAAGAAGGAGACUUUGAAGAUGCAGAUACCCAGGAGGGAGAUACGGAGAGUGAACCAUAUGAUGAUGAAGAAUUUGAAGGUUAUGAAGACAAACCAGAUACUUCUUCUAGCAAAAGUAAAGACCCAAUAACAAUUGUUGAUGUUCCUGCACACCUCCAGAACAGCUGGGAGAGUUAUUAUCUAGAGAUUUUGAUGGUGACUGGUCUGCUUGCGUACAUCAUGAAUUAUAUCAUCGGGAAGAAUAAAAACAGUCGCCUUGCUCAGGCCUGGUUUAACACUCACAGGGAGCUUUUGGAGAGCAACUUUACCUUAGUAGGGGAUGAUGGAACCAGCAAGGAAGCCACCAGCGCAGGAAAGCUGAACCAGGAGAAUGAGCACAUUUACAACCUGUGGUGUUCUGGCCGGGUGUGCUGUGAGGGGAUGCUUAUUCAGCUGAGGUUCCUCAAGAGGCAGGACUUACUGAAUGUCCUGGCCCGGAUGAUGAGGCCAGUGAGUGAUCAAGUGCAAAUAAAAGUAACUAUGAAUGAUGAAGACAUGGAUACCUACGUGUUUGCUGUUGGCACUCGGAAAGCCUUGGUGCGACUACAGAAAGAGAUGCAGGAUCUGAGUGAGUUUUGUAGUGACAAACCUAAGUCAGGAGCGAAGUAUGGACUGCCUGACUCCUUGGCCAUCCUGUCGGAGAUGGGAGAAGUCACAGACGGAAUGAUGGACACAAAGAUGCUUCACUUUCUUACACACUAUGCUGACAAGAUUGAAUCCAUUCAUUUUUCAGACCAGUUCUCUGGUCCAAAAAUUAUGCAAGAGGAGGGUCAGCCUUUAAAGCUGCCUGACACUAAGAGGACACUACUGUUUACAUUUAAUGUGCCUGGCUCAGGUAACACUUACCCAAAGGAUAUGGAGGCUUUACUACCCCUGAUGAAUAUGGUGAUUUAUUCUAUUGAUAAAGCCAAAAAGUUCCGACUCAACAGAGAAGGCAAACAAAAAGCAGACAAGAACCGAGCUCGAGUGGAGGAGAACUUCUUGAAGCUGACACAUGUGCAGAGACAGGAAGCGGCCCAGUCUCGGCGGGAGGAGAAGAAGAGAGCCGAGAAGGAGCGAAUCAUGAAUGAGGAGGAUCCUGAGAAGCAGCGCAGGCUGGAGGAAGCUGCUUUGAGGCGUGAGCAAAAGAAAUUGGAGAAGAAGCAAAUGAAGAUGAAACAAAUCAAAGUGAAAGCCAUGUAA